UCUGACGUCACUCCCCUGCCCAUAAAUAUAGCUCGUCACACUAAAUAUUUUGUUACUAUGGAAACACGGAGCAGUUGUUUCUGCCUGUAGUAACAGCGCGCUGAUUGGUUGGCAGUUCUCCCGCUCCUUUCCAUGGAUUCCACGUCUUACCUCUGACCUUUGUGCCUUCACGAAUGGAACGUCAAAUGAUAGAACAGGAACGGCGGUGACCUGUGUCCCAAUAACUUCAGUGACGCCAGGCGGGCCCUCCCAGUGUGCUCCAGGCCCUGCACAUCACAUCCAGCCUGUUCAGACAGGAUUGUGUAACAUGUUUUUGAGAGACGUCUUGUCACAGCCCCGCCCCCUUCUCUGCUGUUCUCAGGGUUCUUCCCGGCAGCCCCGCCCUUAAAACAGGAUGUUUUCCUUAUAAGGGUAUCUACGUCAGUGGAUUCUCGCGUCUGGAGCAGCCCAUUAAGGGGAAUCCAUGGGGGAAUCUGGAGGAGUCUACCGGAGCUUUCAAUAACGGAACGCUUAGAACGCGGGCGCAGUGUGGGCGGCUGUUUAGAGGAGAUGGGCGCAGAGACGCUCGGCGGGGGAGCGGUCGCUACUAUAGUCCGUGAGGCUGAGCCCCGGAGUAGGCGCCCCUCUCCCAGAGUUGGUCCAGUCCUGUGUUGACGUCACUUCAUUCAUGAAUCGUGGGGCCGCGGGUAUAUAAGGCGGGGAGCCGUGAGCAGCAGCAGUGACAGCUCGGAGAGCGGAUCUAUUGUACCGGAGCUUCAGCGAAAACUACGAGCAGUCAUGUAUCACGGAUUCCCCGCCAGCUCGGAAUACGAGGCGGCCUCAUCCCGCUGCAGCAGCGCCUCACCCGCCGGAGACAGUGGCGCCUACUACCCGUCCCCGUCCGCCUCCUUCUCCAGCCUCGGGUCCCCGCUCACCCCGCCGGAGUUCAGCACAGAGUCCAGCAGCAGCUUUGUCCCCACAGUCACCGCCAUCUCCACGUCCCCAGACCUGCAGUGGUUGGUGCAGCCCACCCUAAUCUCCUCUGUGGCCCCAUCACAGUCCAGAUCUCACCCUUACGGUGCGGCCCCAGCCUACAGCCGCAGUGGGGUGAUAAAAGGAGCCUCAGGACGAGGCCAGAGCCUAGGCCGGAGAGGGAAGGUGGAGCAGCUGUCUCCAGAGGAGGAGGAAAAGAGGAGAGUCAGACGAGAAAGGAACAAGAUGGCGGCAGCCAAAUGCCGCAACCGGCGCCGGGAGCUGACAGACACCCUCCAAGCGGAGACUGAUGAGCUGGAGGAUGAGAAAUCUGUCCUGCAGGCUGAGAUCGCUGCCCUGCUGAAGGAGAAGGAGAAACUGGAAUUCAUCUUGGCUGCUCAUAAACCGGCCUGCAAGAUCCCACAUGACCUGGAAGGGGCGUUCCAGGACCUGACCUCUUCCCUGGACUUGGGCCUUAUUUCUGAUGUCACCUGUGCUUCCACUCCUGCUGAAGUCUUGGCUGAGCCACUCUUCCCUGUAAGCAUCGGCCAGUCUUCCGUCCUGGAGAAGGAGAGCGCCCCAAUGCAGGUCCCACUAGACCUGAAGUCCGAGCCCCUGGACAACUUCCUCUUCAGCUCUCCUGUCACAGGAGUCUCUGAUGCUGCCCGCUCGGUGCCAGACGUGGACCUCUCCAGCACCCUGUACACUGCUGACUGGGAGCCCCUGUACAGCACUCUGUCGGUGGAGAUGGAGCCACUGUGCACGCCUGUUGUGACCUGCACCCCGACCUGCACCACCUACACCACAUCCUUUGUUUUCACCUACCCGGAGUCCGACUCUUUCGCCAACUGUGGUGCAGCUCAUCGCAGAGGAAGCAGCAGCAACGAGCAAUCGUCAGACUCUCUCAACUCUCCCACCUUACUGGCCUUGUAACUGCUGCCCUGGCACUAAGUUUCCCGUGGUGGUGGACAGCAAUCUGGGACUGUGCCCGCAGACCGCUCAGAGCUUUGUGAAUUUCACAGGCAGUAGGGGAUGUGGGUUUACCUCCCCGUGUUGUGACACUGCCACCUUGCUGCUAUACGUGUGCACUGUGCAUGUCAAUUCAUUUCCACCCAGAGGUGCAGCUUUGGACGGCUGAAAACACGAUCAGCGCUAAAGCAAGAGUUGCCAGCCGAACACUUGCCCAGUGCCCCUCCGUGUGGUUGGACUGGUGAUCCUCCUGCUUCCUGACGUAGCACUGGCAUGGACGUGUCACUCCUAUUGAUAUGUAGCAUGAUGUCUCCUCACUGCUGUGACAGUGAUGUGUUAUUGUCUCCUCUUCUGAUGUGGGGGCCCUGGUCCUGUACAGGGGCCACUCUGCAGCUAGUUAUGGUGCUGGUGGUUGGGGGGCUGUCUAGUGGGUAAAGCACUAAGCAGCUCUGCACUGCCAAGAUAUCUUUGUAAGACGUCUGAUCUGAAUAAUAGUCUAUAUAUACACACAUGACCCCCUGAAGCCGGACACAUGUGAACGUGCUGUAUCUUCCGUUGACUGUAACUCCGUCUCGCCGUCUUUCCAAGUUUUCCAUGAAAACGUUUUAUUUCCUGUAGACUGUUCUGGUUAUUUAUUUUGGAUUUGAGAAUAUUUAUAUUUUUAUUUGUAUUUUAUUUUCUACUCUAGCGGACAGAGAGCAGAGUCUCCUCAAGCAUUGUUUGCUUCUUGUCCAGAUAUUGAGAAUAAAAUGUAUUCGCAUUUGACUUA